CAACCUAUCAUUUACGCAAAUCAAUCUUCUUCUCAAUCCUCCAUUGAUUUACGAUAAGCAACAACCUUUUUCUCGAGGGGAGUUUUUUUUGUAUACCUUUUCUUCUCAUUUCACCAAAAAUCUCUCUUCUCUCUGUUCCAUAAUUGCUCUUGGAAAUGUCUAAAACUGAUUAGAUUGACAAAAAAGAAAAACAGAGCUUGUGUGUGGUGUAGAGUAGUUAUGAAUCAUUCACUGUUCUUCUAAGAAGAAACACUCACUGGAUCUCAGUAUAACUAGCUGAGAAAUGCAGGAGGAAGCAGCUUCCAUCGAUCUAUCAGUCAACACAAAGAAUGUCUUCUCGUCAGCUCUCCGUUUCGCCAUGUCCCUCGACACGCUGAACAACUUCCCCGAGCUCAAAGCCUCUGCUCAAGAGCAAGUCGAGUUCAUGCUUUCCCAAGACGAACAGGUACGCUUACUCGUUUCUCAAGAGGAGGAACUUAAAUCCGUCGUCAGAUUAGGCAUCUCGAAUCUCGUAUCUCUGCUUCUUCCCGGAGAGCUUGGUGUCCUUGAAACACUCUGUGAUAUCGAGUGGCUGUGCAAAGUGUUGCCGAGGAUGGGACUGAUGAAAGAUCUUGUUUUUAAAUGGGCCGAUGUGUCCAACGAGAUACUUGUGAUUGCUCAGAGCUGUGAGUUAGGUGUGAAAGUGAAGCUGGUUGAGGUUACAGGGAAGGUUCUAGAAGCGGUUGGUUAUGGUGUUGUGAUUGUUCCUUCUAGAAGCAGAGCUUGUCUUCUGAAGCUGUGGUUGCCUUUCGUAAGGAGGUUAAAGACUCUGGUUGAUGCACAAGGUUCUUCUGAGUCUGAGUACAGAAUGGAUGAAGAUCUCUGUGAGUUGUUAGAAGGGUCUAUGGUGUCUUUGGUUUUGACACUGCCUUCGAGUGACCAAGCGGAAGUGUUUGGGGAAUGGAUGAGAGGGGUUGCGUUGGAAGGAGUCAAGUUUCCGGAUUUGAGUGAAGCCUUUGAGGUUUGGUGUUAUAGAAGUAAGUCUGCAAAGAGAAGGUUGUUGGAAAAAUGUGAUCGACUUGCAACUGAACACCUUGCCCUUUGAUUCUUAACAUAAGGACUCUCUAUCAUGUAAUGUUGUACCAUCUUUACUCGCUUUGAUUGCUAGCUGAUUGAUUGUAAUCCUGGAUUGUAUUAGGAAUGACAGAAAGCUUCUGAUU